AUGCGUUUACCCGCCAAGUUUUCCGCGCUGUUGCCUCUGCUGAAGGUUACUGACUUAGAGUCUCCUUACUUGGAUGGGGGUUUUGAGUCAGCGGGUGUUGGAGCUCCGCCCAGGCCCAACAACCAGCCUCAGUUCCUCCUCCAGCUAGACGAACUACGGCCUAAAAGACUAACGCCUUCCUAUUUAUUCCCAAAGGGGACUUGUGCAGAAUGUCAGUUUGCGACAUUCUUCUCGCUGAUUGGCGACCGGUUGUUCGCAGACGGAGAGAUAGUCGCGACCAACGAGGGUACGAUUUACCAGCCGCUUCUCGAGACACCGAGCAUCAGAUCCAUCGACCAUGGGUUCUCGCUCGAAGAAGGCAUUCUUCAGUGGCGGCAUCCGAGCUUUGCUGGCGGAAAAGCCAGCUUUUGCUUAUCGGCGUCGAAUACGGUCCUGGCUGUGUUCAACAAAUCAAGCACUCCGACUGACUGUGCGCCAGCGAACCUAGUCAAUGUGCCAUAUACCCGGUGUUUCCCAUCAGUUGUAUCGAUCAAUGUAUUAGUCAUGGAUGACGAUACUAGGUCUGCUCAACAAGCUGCAGGAAGCGCAAGUAAUACGGACAGCCCUGCCGGGGCGAAGUGGCUGGAUACCAGACCAGAUAUCACCAACCAUGGUUAUGACAGAGCCGGGGCGAAGUGGCUGGAUACUAGACCAGAUAUCACUGGUUAUAACAGAGCCGAGCCGAAGUGGCUGGAUACCGGACCAGAUAUCACCAACCUUGGUCAUGGCAGAGUCGGACCAAAGGAGCUGGAUACCAGACCAGAUAUCACCAAUCAUGGUUAUGGCAGAGCUCCCGUUGGGACAGAUCAGCCGAGUCCUCUGGCUCUUAUUGAUUGGACCAGCUACAACUACAAUACCGGACGACCGGGUUCCACAACACCCCCGAGCUCUGUUGGCUACGAGGGUAGCCACAAACAUCAUGAUGCCGCUUCAAGUCCUAUAAGACCCUCAGGUCCGGCAGGGCUCCCUGGAUCUGAUGGAUGGGACGGUAGGGAUGGGGAAGAUGGCGAUGACGGGAAAGAUAGUGGUGAUAGGAGGGAUGGUAAGGAUGGUAAGGAUGGUAAGGAUGGUAAGGAUGGUAAGGAUGGUAGGGAUGGGGAAGAUGGCGACGAUGGGAAAGAUGGUGAUGGCGGGAGGGAAGGGAGAGAUGGGAGAGAUGGGAGGGAUGGCAGGGAUGGAACAGAUGGCAGGGAUGGGAAAGAUGGUGAUGAUGGGAGGGAAGGGAGGAAAGGGAGCGCUGGUAGGGCUGGCAGGGAUGGGGAAGAUGGUGAUGAUGGUGACGAUGGGAAAGAUGGGAAAGAUGGGAAAGAUGGUGAAGAUGGGAGAGAAGGGAGGGAUGGCAGGGAUGGCAGGGAUGGCAGGGAUGGUAUCCAGGGUCCUCCUGGACCACCUGGGCCACCCGGCCUCCAAGGUAUUAACGGGUUGAAUGGUGAGCCUGGGCCAAUGGGUCCUGAAGGUCCCACUGGUCCCGAAGGUGCCACUGGGCCAGCAGGAGCCGCUGGACCUGCAGGAGCCGCUGGGCCAGCAGGAGCCACUGGGCCAGCAGGAGCCGAUGGGUCUCAAGGUCCAGAAGGUGCCACUGGGCCAAUGGGUCCUGAAGGUCCCACUGGUCCCGAAGGUGCCACUGGGCCAGCAGGAGCCGCUGGACCUGCAGGGGCCGCUGGACCUGCAGGAGCCGCUGGGCCAGCAGGAGCCACUGGGCCCGCAGGAGCCGAUGGGUCUCAAGGUCCAGAAGGUGCCGCUGGACCAGCAGGUCCCGAAGGUGCUGCUGGGCCUCAAGGUGCCACUGGACCUCAAGGCCCUAUCGGUCCCCAAGGUCCUCCGGGUCCCGGAUCAGCGGGUUUCACGGGCCAGUACGGGUACCUCGGCUGCUACAUCGCGAGUAACGAUGGCACCUACGGCCUAACUCCAUACGCUUCACAGCAGGUUCUCACAACCUCGAUCGACGACUGCGCCAAUAUCUGCUAUGGUUUGCCGUCGGGCCCAACACUAUACUUCACUCUGGGAACCGACACGACUACAGGUAACUCCAUCUGCACUUGUGGUAAUAUCCUUGUUGCCUAUAACUACCCAAAUACCGGGCUCGAAUUUCAAUGCAAUACGCAAUGCAACUUCCCGGACAAUCCGACAACAGAACAAUAUUGCGGCGGAACAUAUUCUGGGAUUCCCACUGUUUCUCUUUUCGGUGCUAUAUAG